UGUUAUGUCGUUGUCACGUUUCUUAUUUAACUCUUUGCAAUUAAAACUUCCUUAAUAGACAAGAAAUACACGAACUUAUAUUACACGAUAUAUAAAGCCGUGUCGUAUUGUAAAACAAUUGCAUUGAACUUUUAAUAACUGAAAAAUGCAUUUCGGAAUUUCUCUGCUUGUUGCAAUUUGUUUGAUUAGCUAUGUUCAAGGAGGUGGUGAUUCUGGUCCUGGAGCGAAUCCAAUGUGGGCUCCAUUACCUAUGAUGGGAGCCUCUCCACCUAUGUGCAAAGGAGAAUCUUUAGGACCUCACAGACUUGGGAGUUGUUCAGGAGUAUGUCCCGAAAACAGUGAACUGAAAAAGUUCUACUACGAAGAAAUUGAAGCGUGGUUAUGCUGUUGCGGACCUUGUGAAUAAAUUAACACCAUCGAGACAUAAACUUACACCACAUUCCGACUAAAUUAUUGAAUAUUCAAUUAAUUUUUAGAAAGUACUUGCCAUGUUUAAUUUUAUCAACUUGAUUAAAAAUAAAGAAAACAUUUGAUUGGAAAUGAAAUGUUGACUUUCCACAGGAAAUUCAAUUAAAUAUUUGAUUUAAUUUCCAACAUUUUCUUAUUUGUCAUUUAAGGAAAUUGAAAAACAAAGAGAAAACUUCACAAGUAAAUAUUUUUUACUUGAAUAAAACAAUCGUGAGUCUUUUUC